AUGGAACCAGGAAACAAUACAGGAGUUUCAGAAUUCCUCCUUCUGGGAAUUUCAGAGGACCCAGAACUGCAGCCCCUCAUCUUUGGGCUUUUCCUCUCCAUGUACCUGGUCACUGUGCUGGGGAACCUGCUCAUCAUCCUGGCCACCAUCUCAGACUCCCACCUCCACACGCCCAUGUACUUCUUCCUCUCCAACCUGUCCUUUGUGGACAUCUGCUUCACCUCCACCACCGUCCCAAAGAUGCUGCUGAACAUCCAGACACAGAGCAAGGCCAUCACAUAUGCAGGCUGCAUCACCCAGAUGUGCUUUUUUUUUAUUUUUUUAGAGUUGGACAACUUCCUCCUGACUGUCAUGGCCUAUGAUAGGUAUGUUGCCAUCUGUCAUCCCCUGCACUACACUGCCCUCAUGACUCCCCAGCUCUGUGGCUUGCUGGUUCUGGUGUGCUGGAUCCUGAGUGUGCUGCAUGCCCUGCUACAUAGCUUAAUGGUGUUGCGACUGUCCUUCUGCACACACUUAGAAAUCCCCCACUUUUUCUGUGAACUCAACCAGCUGGUCCAACUUGCCUGUUCUGACACCUUCCUUAAUGACCUGGUAGUGUAUUUUGCACUUGUGCUCUUGGUUACUUGUCCCCUUGCUGGCAUCCUUUACUCCUACUCCAAGAUAGUGUCCUCCAUCCGUGCAAUCUCAUCUGCUCAAGGAAAGUACAAAGCCUUCUCCACCUGUGCGUCUCACCUCUCCAUGGUCUCCUUACUUUACUCCACAGGCCUAGGUGUGUACCUUAGUUCUGCUGCAGCCCACAGCUCACAGUCCACUUCAACAGCCUCAGUGAUAUACACUGUGGUCACCCCCAUGCUGAACCCCUUUAUCUUCAGUCUGAGGAAUAAAGAUGUAAAGAGAGCCCUGAAAAGUAUCUUUGGAGGGAAAACCUAA